ACUUAAUGUUUUUUUUACCCUUUCACUGAUUGGUCGGUGCCAGGGAGAAACAUCUUGGAGUUUGACCUCUAAUGUGUGAGGAUGUGGAACAACAAAAUCCCCCCCUGUGCCCAGUGUUUGCAGGAGUAUCGUGUGAUGGGUACCAUGGAGUCCAAUUCUGCGUGUGGAACAUCCAUAUUCUUCAGUGUUUUUCUAAUGGCUUUUCUUAUCACCCCACCUUGUAAUGGAGGUAAGAUUCUGGUGUUUUCUUUGGAUGGUAGUCACUGGAUCAAUAUGAAGAUCAUGAUUGAGGAACUCCACGCCAGAGGACAUAGCAUCUCUGUGAUCCGACCGUCAAAAAGCUGGUACAUUGAAGAGGUGUCCCCUUUGUAUGACUCCAUCAAUAUCCCUCAAUCCAAGCAAUUUGAAGAUCUCAUUCAAGGAUUUUUAGAGAGGUAUAUAAGGUUACAGAGAGAAGGAUCAUCGUCCCAUACGUUCCUCAAACUCACUGGGCAGUUCCUCUCAUUGAUCUCUGAGUUGCAUUCCAUAUACUGUGAUAUGCUUGCUCAAAUCUUUGAAGAUCCAAGGCUUCUCCAGAGCCUAUCAGAGGCCCGGUAUGACCUGGUUCUGACCGACCCUGCUAUCGCCUUCGGUGUCGUCCUCGCCAAGUAUCUCAAGCUUCCUACGGUGCUCAACGUCCGCUGGAUCACCAGUGGAGACGGCCAUUCCAUCAUCGCCCCGUCGCCGCUGUCCUACAUCCCUGUCCCGGGCUCGGGGCUAACAGACAACAUGAGCUUCACGGAACACAUCAAGAACCUGUUUUUCCACGGCCUCAUUGUUUACCAGGAGGUGUUCAUGAUUGGGCCUCAUUAUGAAGCCAUUUGUGACAAGUACAUUGAGGGAGGGUGUGACACCGUCUCACUCUUCCAGGAAGCGGAUAUUUGGCUGUUCCGGUCUGACUUUGUGUUUGACUUUCCUCGACCCACCAUGCCGAAUGUGGUUUAUAUAGGGGGCUUCCAGUGCAAGCCGGCCCAGCCCCUCCCAGCUGACCUUGAAGCGUUUGUUGAGAGUGCCGGGGAGCAUGGAGUGAUCAUCAUGACCCUUGGUACUUUUGUGGGUGUGUUACCAGAUGACAUCGCAGAGGAUAUUGCCAGGGUCUUUGCAAAGAUGCCUCAAAAGGUCAUUUGGAGGCACACUGGAAAAAUACCAUCUUCUUUGGGCAACAACACACUGAUCGUUGAUUGGAUGCCCCAGAAGGACCUCCUGGGACACCCUCAGACCAAGGUGUUUGUGGCUCACGGAGGAACCAAUGGAGUCCAGGAGGCCAUAUACCAUGGGGUCCCAGUGCUGGGCAUACCCCUGUUCUUUGACCAGUUCGACAACCUGCUUCGUCUACAGGAGAGGGGAGCGGGAAAGAUUAUAAGGCUGGCAGAUGUUAACUUUCACAGCUUUGAGCAGGGACUCAAGGAAGUGCUCCACCAAGACAGUUACAGUCACAACAUGCAGAGACUGUCCGGUCUGCACAGAGACCAGCCGAUUCCUCCCAUGGACCACGCCAUCUUCUGGGUGGAGUACGUGAUGCGCCACAAAGGUGCAGCCCACCUGCGUACACAGGCUUAUAAGAUGCCCUGGUACUCCUACUACUCUAUAGAUGUACUGGUGGCUCUGUCGGCUGCAGGAAGCUUCUUUCUUCUCGCUACAUUUAUCAUGUUUAGGGUCUUAUGCUGCAGAGGGAGAACAUCCAAGGUCAAAAAAAAUUGACAAUUACAGACACACUGUUACAAAAAUGUUAAAAAAUGAUGAUAAAAAAUAUAUCAAAUCUAAACUGUUCUAAUAUCUCUAUUGGAUAUGAAACGCAUCUGACUGUUUUGGCUCUUAAAAACAUAUAAAUGUAAAUUUCAUUAUAUUAUAAUUGACUUUGAUACACCUUUCUUGCAUCUAAUUUUUUAAAAAAUUGUAUCUAAAAAAUAUCGUAAAUUUAUUUACUGCAGUCUGCAGCCAUGACUUGUUGAAAUAUAUAUAUUUUCAAUGAUAUCUUACUGAUGAAACAAAACAGUUUUGGUAAAAUCUAAUAAAAUGUUUAGGCUACAUGCACACAUUUCCAUUGUAUAAUAAUCGUUUAAACUUAAACAGAAAUGUCAAUUUCUGAUCUCCGACUGUCAAUCUUGAGUGUCAAUCCCAUGCAUGCACACAGUGUUACCAGAGAAUCCAUCCCAGGUGCAUGAAUGCCACAUUUCUCAAUGGCAGCGAAACGUAGGGAGGGAGGGAAGAGAGAGGGAGGGGGAUUAUUUAUAUUUUGCUCUCGCUCUCUGCAACUCUCAAAUCGUACCUACAGACACUUCAAGAGUUUUCAAAAACAAAUUAAGGACAGCUUGAGUAUAAUACUGGUCGAAUAAAGAAAUAAAAUUGUCUGAAGUGAAAUGAGGGAAACAAGUGUAAAUGCAUGAGUUUACAACAUGCCAUUUGAAUUAUACAGUUUUCACCAUAGAAAUCAUUUUCUAAUUUAAUAAAUAACAAGUACA